AUUCACCCCCCCGCUGCGUCCCGCCACGAGCCGCAGGGGUACCUGGGGGUCCGGUGGGGGGCGUUUAAGCUAGCAGCGACCAAUAUGGACCCCCAAGCGGCGACGAGCCCGGCGGCGGGGGGUUUGAACGGCCGCUUGGCCUCUCUGGGAGCCGACGGGGGUGACUCGGAGUCCGGCGCCGGCUCGGACGACGCCGCCGUGGGCUGCUGCAGCGACACGUUCAGCAGCCUUCCCGACAUGGAGCAGGAGAGCCUGGAGGAGAAGCUGCGGGGACUGGCGUUCAGAAAACAGACGUCGUAUCGGAAGGCGAUCUCCCGUUCUGGCCUCCAUUACCUCGGCCCCCCCCAGCCGUCACUCCCCCCAGCUUCCAACGGACCCACAAAGGACCUGCGGACCUGCGUGGACUGGACGGAGAACGCGGUGAACGGCGAUCACCUGUGGAUGGAGACGAGCUGCUCGGGAGAGCUGUGCUACCUGGGGGAGGACGCCUGUCUGCUGAAGACAGCUAAGUCGGCUCCCAGGAGGAAAUGCGCAGCCUGCAAGAUCGUGGUUCACUCCGGCUGCAUGGAGCAGCUGGAAAAGAUCAACUUCAGGUGUAAGCCGACCUUCAGGGAGGGGGGAUCCCGAUGCCUCCGAGACAACGUGCUGAGGCAUCACUGGGUUCACAGGCGCAGACAGGAGGGCAAAUGCAAACAGUGUGGGAAGAGUUUCCAACAGAAGUUCUUCCACAGUAAAGAAAUCAUCGCCAUAAGCUGUUCGUGGUGUAAACUGGCGUUCCACAACAAGGUCACAUGUUUCAUGCUGCACCAGAUAGAGGAGCCAUGUUCACUGGGGGCCCAUGCUGGAGUCAUCGUUCCACCCUCGUGGAUAAUCAAAGUCAGGAAACCACAGAGCUCGCUGAAGAAUUCUGCCAGGAGAAAAAAACGGACAUCUUUCAAACGAAGGACGAGCAAAAAGGGAGUGGAUGAAUCGAAAUGGCGCCCGUUCAUGCUGAAGCCCCUCCCAUCGCCACUAAUGAAACCCAUCUUGGUUUUUGUCAAUCCCAAAAGUGGCGGCAACCAAGGUGCCAAGCUCCUACAGAUGUUCAUGUGGAUCCUGAACCCUCGACAAGUCUUCGACCUGUCCCAAGGAGGCCUGAGAGAGGCGUUGGAGCUUUAUCGCAAAGUGCCAAAUCUGAGGAUCCUUGCCUGCGGCGGCGACGGCACCGUGGGGUGGAUCCUGUCGGCUCUCGAUGAGCUGCAGAUGAAUCCUCAGCCUCCGGUCGCUGUGCUUCCUCUGGGAACAGGAAAUGACCUCGCCAGGACGCUCAACUGGGGUGGGGGCUACACAGAUGAACCCGUGUCCAAGGUUCUGUGUCAUGUGGAAGACGGCUCGGUGGUGCAGCUGGACAGGUGGAACCUGUCGGUGGAGAAGAGCUCUCCUCAGCCCGAGGAGGGCACGCAGAAGCUUCCCCUCGACGUGUUCAACAACUACUUCAGCCUGGGCUUUGAUGCUCACGUCACCCUGGAGUUCCAUGAGUCCAGAGAGGCGAACCCGGAGAAGUUCAACAGUCGCUUCCGCAACAAGAUGUUUUAUGCAGGAGCCGCCUUCUCAGAUUUCCUCCAGAGAAGCUCCAGGGAUUUGUCCAAGCACGUCAGAGUGGUGUGUGAUGGCACAGACCUGACGCCCAAAAUCCAGGAGCUGAAAUUUCAGUGCAUCGUCUUUUUAAACAUUCCCAGGUACUGCGCCGGCACCAUGCCGUGGGGAAACACCGGCGACCAUCGUGACUUUGAGCCACAGCGCCAUGACGACGGCUGCAUCGAGGUCAUUGGCUUCACCAUGGCCUCACUGGCGGCGCUGCAGGUUGGAGGCCACGGAGAGAGACUUCACCAAUGCAGAGAAGUCAUCCUGACCACCUAUAAGACUGUACCUGUUCAGGUGGACGGCGAGCCGUGCCGACUGGCUCCAUCCACGCUGCGCAUCUCGCUCCGAAAUCAGGCCAACAUGGUCCAGAAGAGCAAGCGGCGCACCUCCGUGCCCCUGCUCAACGAUAUUCAGAAGGUGUGUGCAGCUGAUCUGCGCCGCCUCUCUGCUCCCCCCGACUCCUUCUCUGUUCCUCAUGCCGUCCCUGACCGCCUGCGUCUGCGCGUCAACCGCAUCAGCCUGCAGGAGUACGACAGGCUGCAGUUCGACAAGGAGCGCCUGCGGGACGUCUCCAUCCCCGUGGGCAUCGUGGUGGUGAGGGGAGACUGCGACCUGGAAACCUGCAGACUUUACAUCGACAGGCUGCAAGAGGAUUUACACCAGGCGCCACCUACUGGCCACAGAGUGCACUACCAGGAUGAGAGCAGAGGCGUCCCCAGGACCAGUUCCAGCAGCAGACUGUCGCCCAACUGGAGCUUCCUGGACUCCACGUCAGCUGAUCGCUUCUAUCGCAUCGACAAGGCUCAGGAGCACCUCCACUUUGUGACAGAAAUUUGCCAGGAGGAGGUGUUCAUCCUGGACCACGAGGGACCCGUGGUGAGCCAGGGGUCGUCCACUGGGAUGCCAGAUCUGGUGGUGGAACCCGCCUCCGAGACCAAUCUGACAACUGAUGAACAAGCCCUCCUGACUGCUGCCGUGUCUGGAGAUCUUCCUACGCUGUCCGAGUGCGUGCAGCGAGGCGUCAGUCUGCUGGUGAGAGACGCCGAAGGCUGCUCGGCGUUGCACAUCGCCGCUCAGAACGGACACACCGACCUGGUCAGAUACAUCCUGCAACAAGGCUCUAAAGUCCUCCUGGAUCUGACAGACAGAGAGAAAGGGGACACUGCCUUGCACAAAGCAGCCUCAGAAAAGCAGCAUGCCGUUUGCAGAUUACUGGUGGAAGCUGGAGCUUCGCUAGAAAAGACCAACUUCCAGGGGAAGACGCCUGCAGACCAAGCACAGGAAGACGCCGAACUCUCCAACUACCUGAGCUCCCGAAGGCCGCCGCCCCCUUCCAGCAAGGAGGACCUGGAGACGGCCGUUUGAGGCGCACACACACACCCACACACACACACAUGGACUCUGCACACUCGUAGCUGAACAUAAGUGGGAGUGAAACUGAGACGAACUCUUGGCUGCAGAGAAGCGCUGGACUGCCUCGCUGCUGUGGCGGCGGAUAUUUGACCGCUUCAAUAUUUAUUUGUAUUUAUUUAUUUGUGUUUCUAUUUAUUGAUUGUGCUGAUGGACGGACUGUCUUACCUUGAAUAGUUCAGGAUGCAAGUGCAAUUUCACCGGCCACAACGAGCUCCCCGGCUCCGCUUACGUUUCACGAUUCUUCAGUGCUUCAGCGUCAAAACAAAAAAUCUUUCAAAAUAAAAGCUUAUGAAGCUGUAUUUAUCCCAUGAAACCCUUUGUGCCAAAGAGAUGACUCUGAUGGUUCCAGCUUUUUUUCUACCUUGUUUCUCCGUCUUUUUACCUUUUUCGUGGUUAGAAAUCACAUUUAUGAAAAAAGUCCACAAACAUUUGAAAGUUUUUCCUGUCAAAUAACCAGCUCAGUGGCCUUGUGGUAGAGUGUCCGCCCUGUGACUGGAAGGUAGUGGGUUCAAACCCAUGCCGAGUCAUACCAAAGACUUUAAAAAUGGGACCCAAUGCCUCCCUCAGCAUUAAAUCCACCAAGUAGCUGUGUCUGCAGCUCGCCGCUCCCCCAGGGGAGGGGUCAAAUGCAGAGAACAAAUUUCACACACCUAGGUGUGUGACAGAUUGUGUGAUUUAAUUUAAUGUUGCAGUUAUCUCGCUGAGAAUCAUGGGAAAAAAAUCUUUAAAUCCAAUAAGCUUCUAUUUUCUUAUUUAACUAAAGCAAACAAAAAAAAUAUUUUGAUCUUCACUAUGCUUGUGUGUGUGUACAGAACAGUGAUGUUCAGAAUCUUAUAGUUAAAAAACCUGCAAAUAUAAAAAGAAGUGACACUUUUUUUUAUUUUUCACUUUUUUCCAUCUAAAUAAUCAUCAAACUUUAUCGCUAUGUUUGGAUUUAAAGCAGCUUCUGUUACAAACAUCCCAAAAAGUCCCCAUUUAAACUUGUUUGUCUACAAAAUGAACAAAUCGUGACAGAACCGUCAUGUUGCUUCUGGACCAGAACCUGUUGCUGACUUAUAAAGGAGAAUUGGACCGAGUGAGUGUGACCUCACCUGCGGAAAAUGACUCCAACCAAAUGAGGUCAAUACAGUUGGCAUUUUUCUUGUGAUACGGACAUCGCCAGUAACCAGUGAUUGGUCCAAGUCGGCCUGAGUUUCUAUAUCAACCGCUCUGACCAAUCAGGAGUGAGCUCAGUGGAAAGCCACACCUCUACCACUUGAAAGCAGGCUACAUGACCUCUGUCAAUCAAACGUUUUGGACGUAGGACCACCUACAUUUAACGAGUCGCCCGAUGGCCCAGUUCAGAACAAAACAAAACCGGGAAAAAAUGAGGAUUAUCAAGAACAGGGACGGGCGACUCCCGGCCCUGGGGGCCGCAUUCCUGCGUGUUUUCCGCCAUGGCCCCGCCCUGGCUUGUUCUAAUUGGCUGGACACACCUGAACCAGGUAACCAGUCAUGAGCAGAGCUCGGAUAUCUGGAAAUCAUGAAGACACUGGAGUUGCCCAUAGAAGUCGACAGGAUUUUGGCUUCUUGGAGCCAACGGGCACUUCCUGUUUGGAACGCCAGGGGGGAUUUAGAUAUACUUUCCUUUAUUGAUCCCAUAUUGGGGAAAUUCAAUUGUCACAGCAGUUCCAAAGAGCAGAGAAAAGAAAAUUGACGAGAGGGGAGGGGCUACUCAGUCCAGUUCGCAUAUCCAGUCAAUGGUGGGGAGACAGGCCAGAAUUGACGCAGAUGUGGGGGUAACAAACAAACAAAGUGACCAUUUGCAUGACAUUUUCUUAAAAUGUGCGGCCAGUGCUGAACUUUUUUUGACCGCACCGACCUGGGGGAAGGGUUAAGGUUAGGAUCGCGGUUAGGGUUGAUACAAUAAAUGCUCUCUGAGGGCGGCGGUGUCUUCAGCAAACCCCAUCCGAGGGGAUGGGGCAACUGCGGAGAACAAUCUUCACACACCGAGGUGCGUGACGCCUAACGGGACUUUAACUUUAAAUAUGUGCGGCCGACAUGAAUCUCAAUCAAUGUAUGCGCUGGGUCUCGCGUAAAUGCAAAUAACAUCAGCCAGUAAAAUUAAAAGGUCACGACCCCUGAACCCCACAGCAACUUCCUUCAUUCGUGAUGUUUCUGAUCCAACAUGGUUUUACCUGUGCGGGCUAACGGCGCCAAGUCCAUAUCAGAUAAAAAGGGCCCUAAGAGCAGGCGUGUUUCUUCUGUGCGUGAGGCGGAGCCAGUUAUCAAAAAUAAGACGGCGCUACACACAUAUCUGACGUACGUUUUCUCCAGCUACCUAACAAAACAAAAAAAACAUCAUCAUCUGAGCCAUAUUCAAUGCAAUAUAGAUGAAUAACUUUUGGGUUUUUGCAUUUCUGUAUGAAACGUUUACAUUACAUUAAUGUUUUAACAUAGUCGAGCAUUUAGCACAGAGGAGUUUUGAAUGUGCAAUGUUACUUCAGUGCCGGUUGAGGUUCUUCUUGUUAUUUUCUUGGUUUUCAUUUUGUGUGCAUGAAUGUCAAAGGACAGAUGCCGCGGCAUCUCCGACGGUGUGAACUGUUGCUAACAAAAGUGAUUUUUUUUAAUGUUCAAAUAAAAAAUUGUUGGCGUUUUUGUUGGGAUGGCGUUUAGCCGUUGUGGAAACUCUGCUUGUAGGUGCAGCGGCGACCCACAGUGUUACUUAUCGACAAAUAAAGGCUUUUAAAACUAUUUUUUUCUCUUUGGAAAUGUAAAAAAAGUCAAAUAUGUGCUGGCUUUAAUGGAGGGAUUGUUUUUUUAUUUUUGGAAUUUCCUUUUAUUUUCAAGGCGGGACUUCCACAGCGGCUGCUGAAAUACCUGAUUGAGAGCGCUUCCUUUGGAGUUUUUGUGUUUAAAAGUGUUGCUCUGAACUGAAAGUGAGCGACAGCCACACUCAUUCCUACACACUUUCUAUGGGGUAGAUGCAUACGUUUGAAUUCAAGUGUCUUUCAUCACAGUGCAUGGCAUUUUUUUACUUCGGAUAUGUUUUCUGGUCAUUACAAAACGAAUGGCAUUCUUGUUGUUCAAAUUAUUAAAUUAUUAUAAUUUCAAAAGUUUUAUAGCUGCUUUUCUUCUAUUGUUGGGCAUGUGUUGUGUGUUUUUGUUUGUGUUUUGCUUUUGUAUUUUUCUUUUCUGCUGCUGAUUACAAUGGGAUUACUUGAAGUUUGUUGUUUUAUCGAUUUGUGAUGCUGUUGUUUGUCUGAUUUUACUUCCUGUUUGGGUGAAUGUUGGUAAACUCCCUCUUUUAAUACACAGCAGUUUCCUCAUUUUUUUCCUUUUUUUUAAAGUUUAUUUUCAAGAAUAAUUCACACAGAAAUAAAUAUGUUACUGGUAAAAAGUGACCUUGAGAAAGUCACACUAUACUGUUUGUGUUUAAAGUGACUAUAAAACACACACAAUUUGUGUUAGCAUCGUUUAGGAACUGAUGUAUAUAAAAGAAAGUAUUAUUUUACAAUGUCCACAUUUUGUGAAAUAGAUCAUAUAAAAUACAUUUUGAACAGACUAAAAUUAUUUUUUAUUAAGAUAUGUUAAUAAAAUGUAUUGGUAGUGCUGAUAUGCUUAUUUGUUUGCUUUCCACUUUUUACUGUGAUGUUUGCGUUGGUGAUAAAAUUUGAAUUAAAAUUUGAUUCAUA